GGGAGGGAACCGCCAGGUUGGGAUCGAGGACGGAAUUCGCGUGCGACGCGACUGCCAGCCGGAGCUCCUACGCCACCAAGAAAGGCAGGCCCUCAACCUGCAUCGGCAGUCAAGACUUGACACUCCCAUGACGGGUUCACUCUGGGUGACAUUGGCCAAGCGUGCUUAUUACCUGGACUUGGCUUCUGGACCGCACGCCCACACGCCCAAGUACCCCAAACGGGCUUUUCUCGCACCCCGCACGACGCCGACUCCUGACUUUGCAAAGCUUAUGGAUCAAAGCAAGCAGGAUGGCUUCGGUGACGUCUUUCGGCAUCCACCAGCCGACAGGACUCUGCCAUGCCGUUAGCGAAGAGAUUCUCCCUCCCGACCCAUCACCAGACCUCUACACCUGGGAGGUCAUCCCCGACGGCCAUCGUUGCGGAGAUGACGGCGAUGACGAGCUCCUUAUUACCCGAGACACCGUUCUUUGGUCUCGCGGUGGGCUCUUCCGCAAGAGCUUCAAGUUUGCUGCUGAGAGCGAGCCCAUCAGCCAGGCCCUAAUCACGCACUUCCCCACCCCCGAGGACGACGAGAAACCGAGCGAGGGCGAUGAUCAGGACGAAAAGACUGGCGGCCAGCGGUCCGGGCUGUCCAAGGCACUCGUGGUGUUCCUCAAGACCCAGGCGCACAUAUACUUCCUUUCCGGCACGAGCCACAUCGUCCACAUGCCAUUCGAGGUCGAGGCUGCCUGUGCCGCCCCGAUCGGCGUCAUCAUUCAGCGCAGACACAAGGCCGACCACCUUUCGCCUGUCACCCUCAAGUUCCCUCGUGUCCCUCCGAACGACUUCAUCGCCCCGCCCCUCUCGCCCCUCUCUCCUCGCGUAGCCCAGCUUCAGUUCUCGACCGAGGGCUUGGGAAAGCCCAAAACCCUGCCCCUGAGGCUGAGCUCUACCCUCGAAAACAUGUGGGAGCCACCCCUGGAGAAGACCGACUCGCAUUGGCCCCGACUGGUGUGCUUGACGGAUCCUUUUCUCGAGUUGGGCCUGGUUGUCUCCCAGCCAGACAAACCGUCGAAAGGCCGCAAGAGACGGACGUCCCCCCGGACACCGUUUCUCGAUACAGCUGAAGAAAUUAUCCAUGUCGAGGCUGUUAGGCGGCCUGGCCAGUCGAGGACGGACGCUGCCGAGGACCUCGUGCUGGCCAUCACGGUCAACCGAGAGACAAGCAUGUAUACCAUCUGGAAGCUCGUCUAUCUCAAACCCGAAGAUGUCUUCACACGCCAGACCAAGAAGCCCAAGCCCGGACCAUCUCGGCGCCGAAGUUCCAUGCAGCCUGGGAUGAAGAGCCGGGCCGCUAGCCCUGUUGCGCCCAGUUUCCGGGAGAGCAUGGGAGCACAACUGCCGGUAAAGAAGACGCGGAGGAGCGAGCGAAUCGAGAAAUCGCUGGACCUGGCAUUGGCCAUGGACUCGGACAAGGGGGGUGAAGUGACGAGGCGUCAGUCGCGGCGCGUGAGCUCCCUUCUUGCUAGAGCGGACCUGUCGGCAUCGCAUGAGCGCGCCCCCUUUGCCAACGAAUCCAUGAUCACACACCCUGGUGGCAGGCGACUCGACUCGCAUGGGGGCCAGCGCGGCCGCAUCAGUGGAGGCUAUGCCCCAGUGAACAUGAGCGGCAACUACAGUCAAAGUGGCAAGGGCUUCCUGGAGCCCCCGGCAGUUGACAUACUCGACUCCCUGCGAGAUGGCGGGGACUUUGAGGGGUUCCAAAACAUCGCGCUGGAGGAUGGUGACCUGGUUGACGGUCUCACCAAGGAAAUCCGCCUGACAAAGAUCCACAGCGUGCCCAUGGACAACGCCAACGUCCGCUUCUCGCUUUCAGACCGGCCCGCCAGAAGCCAGUGCAAGGUGUUUAUCGUGGUUGGCCCGCCGUUUGCGGUUGACGAGGAGGACCGCACGUACCUUGUCAUUGGAAUUCAAGACCCUGUCGACAAGCGCCUGCAGCUCGUGACUCUACAUGUUCAGUCGCGCAAAAAGAGGUCCACGGCCACGCGCGGCGACGCCUCCAAGGGAGGAAGGAGAAGACAAGGCCCCGUCGAGUCGGACAUGGUUGUGACCUGGGGCCCGCUCCGGAGGGCGCAAAGCGUGGUGGAUUCCUGCAAGAUCGUCGAUGGCGACCAGUCCAUGAUCCUGAUUCUCUCCGAGAAUAUGGCUGGUCAUCGAGAAUUCAGCAUUCAGGGUCCCUGGAGCGAGCUGACCAAGGUCACUCUUCCGCCGCUCUUUUAUGAGAACUUGAACAGCCUCGAGCAUCCUUUCAGAUUUACUCGCCAGGGGAGUACAGAACGAGCGCCGAUCCGCGUCGGGCUGUCCGGCGCUCAGUUGGAAGGGGUGUGCCACCCGAAGGCGCGGGGGAUAGUCGACAUCCGCGACAAGCAGGGCGCAUUCCACCGGAUACAGAUACAGCUUGAACCUAGAACGCGCCAAGUCCACAGAGUUUUACAGGCCUGCCGGAGCAUCCUCCCGGACUCCCAUGGGGAACGCAUGCUCGCGGCAUGGUGGCACAUUAUGCAGUGGAUGGGUGAUCACUACACCGGCCAAGUUGCGAACGUUGAAUGGUCGAGUCUUGUGAUGGAGCUUUUCGUCUUGUUCCUGGCACUUGGCCCCUCGGGUGUGUCACGCAGCCAGCCAGCCGCUGCGGACCCAUCAGCCUUGCCAAAUCAACCGAGCAAAUGGAACCAAAUGCUCGCUUUUGAGACCCCACGGUCGCUCGCAUCGCCAGCUUGGAUGCAGCGCGGAGGGUGGAGGUGGGUGUUGGAGGAGGCCCAUUUCGCUGAAAUGGUAGGCCCAGAUGCCAGCCAGCCCGGGGAGGAAGAUUUCCUCGACCAACAUAUCAGAUAUGCUCGGGAAUUCAUGGCGAGUGAGGCCGGUGAUCUGCUUGUUGGAGAGUCGGGCUACAUGCCAACAGCGUCAGGCCGCAGCCUCGAGACGAGAAGGAGCGCGGCCUGGAGCAUCAUCAUGGGGCUCCAUCUACUCAUGGAGGAGCAGAAGCUCGACACACUCGCAGCCGAAUCCCUGUUCCCUGGGCCCGCAGACUUGCGAGUGGUCACUUGUCAGAUCGCAAGGUGGCUCAGGUGGCACGACUUCGUGCAUCUGUACGAGUUGGGCAUUCAGGUCAGCGUGGAUCCAAGACACGAUGGAGAUCUCGACCUGAGUCCACCUCUACCUCGACCAGAGAAAAUUCCGGCGGUACUCGACUGGAUACAAGAGAAAAUCACCGGCGUGGCUGGCGACCCAUUCCCGACGCUGGCAGACGUUUACUCGACCGCAACCCAGCAGAGCCAGAAGGACAGCCCAGACGAGCGCCGGUGGGGUAGAAUCACGCCUCGGACGCUGAUGUUCAGAGACUUUUUCAACUCGCUCUCGUCCAUGAGUAGCCAUGUGCAGAUUGUGGAGACGCUUCAUCGUUGCGGGUUUACAAAUCAAGUCCUGGACACGCUUCCAGAGGCCAUCACCACCCCGCUACGGGAUGCCAUAUCGAUGUGUCAGUCUCAUCCACCACCAACCUGGUCAAAUGGCUUGCUCAAGCUUGUGGACCGUACCGAUAUUAGCGCCGUCCUCAAGCCUGAUAGGCUGUUCCGACACAGUAUCAUCAGCAACAGCAAUCCCUCACAUGUGGUCCAAUGGGAUGUCCAGCUCCUAUGCAGGAACCUCGACGACCUUAACAGCAACAGCAUCGAGGAGGUCGAGGGCAGCGAGCGCCAGGCAGUGGUCCGCGCCCUCUUCAAGGAUGAUCGUAGACUGAACGAGGCACAGAAUCUACUGUCGUCACAGAAGCCGCGAACGCUUCGCUUGGAUCCUGAUCCGAAAUGGACAGAUGCGGAGUACCUGGAGAAGCAAAAGGAGCUUGCCACGACUGCAGCCACCAGCACGCUGGCUAUCCCGGCGGGGCGCGGGAUGCUUUUCUACGCCCUGCGCUUUCCUCUUCUCACACAGAAGUUUCCAAUCGGUGGCUUUCAGCUCGUGUGCAACAUCAAACCCGCCAAUGUCUCGGUGAGCGUGGACAAGUCCAUGUUCACCGAAGAGAAGGUAAACUGGGCCUUCUUCCACCAGGGCGUGGCUGGCGGGCUAUCCAUCUCCCCGCAGGCCAAGGGCAUAGAUACUUCGUGGAUUCUAUUCAACAAGCCCGGCAACGAUCUUAACAAUCGACACGCCGGCUUCCUUCUUGCGCUUGGUCUCAACGGUCACCUCAAGUCGGUGGCCAAGUGGGUGGCAUUUAAGUACCUGACGCCGAAACACACCAUGACAUCGAUAGGGUUGUUGCUUGGCCUGGCAGCGUCGUACAUUGGAACCAUGGACUCCCUCAUCACGCGGCUUCUCUCGGUGCAUGUUACGAGGAUGUUGCCGCGUGGAGCCGCCGAGCUGAACCUGUCGCAUCUGACCCAGACGACGGGUAUCAUGGGAAUUGGGUUGUUGUAUUGCAACACCCAGCACCGGCGCAUGAGCGAGGUGAUGAUGUCCGAGAUCGAGCAUCUCGAGGACGAGGAGGAAGAGGACCCUCUGAGAAACGAGGGCUACCGACUGGCUGCCGGUUUUGCGCUUGGCUUGAUCAACCUUGGCAAGGGGUCAGAUCUCAAGGGGCUCCACGACAUGCGCCUGACUGAGAAGCUCCUGACGGUUGCCUCGACGGCAAAGAAGGUUGAGCUCGUGAACGUGCUGGACCGCUCCGCUGCAGGGGCCGUGGUAGCCAUAGCGCUCAUUUUCAUGAAAUCCGAGGACCACAUCGUGGCCCGCAAGAUUGACGUCCCCGACUCGAUUCUUCAGUUCGACUACGUGCGGCCCGACAUCCUGCUACUCCGGACCGUGGCCAAGAAUCUCAUACUCUGGAGCCGCAUCAAGCCCACUACCGACUGGAUCCAUGAAAACCUGCCGGCUGAGCACCAGCGCCUGCACAAAAAGUGGCCAGGACCAACGUUGAGGAGCAGCGACCUCCCAUUCUUUUCCAUCAUGACAGGCCUAUGUUUCGCUAUGGGUCUCCGGUUCGCCGGCUCGGCCAACGAGAAGGUGCGGGACGUCCUUGUGCAGUACCUUGACGGCUUCAUGCGGGCCCUAAGGCAGCCUGUGGCCAGGUUCGACGGGCAGAUGGCGCAGGCGAACGUGCGCAUGUGCGUAAACGUGCUAGCGUUGUCAUGCGCAAUCGUCAUGGCAGGAACGGGUGAUUUGGUGGUGCUUCGGCGCCUUCGCGCGCUGCAUGGGCGAGACGACCCGCACACGACAUAUGGCAGCCACAUGGCAGCUCACCUGGCCAUCGGCACGCUCUUCCUGGGCUGCGGCACCACCACGCUCGGCACGAGCGACCUCGCCAUUGCCGCGUUGCUCAUUGCCUUCUACCCGCUUUUCCCCGCCACCGUUCAGGAUAACAGCUCUCACCUACAAGCCUUCAGGCACUUCUGGGUCCUUGCCACAGAGCCGCGUUGCCUGGUUGUCAAGGACAUGGCUACAGGGCAGCCUAUAUCGGUACCCGUCAUGAUACAGCUCAGGCAGCCGACAGCACCGGCCGCAACGACCACGGCCUUUGAUCCGAAACUAGGCGCCAAGACUAAGAAGUCGGCCGCAACGAGCACACCGACACCGUACACUAGGUCGCGGAGCGCCAAAAACGCGCACGCCGGUGCUGCCACGCCCGCCCCCGACGUCCCUCCUGAGCCCCCAGUCCAUAUGCUCAUCCGGCGUCAAACCCCAUGCCUCCUCCCGCCGCUCGACGAUAUCGCUUCCGUGCGAACUGAUGCGGCAUCCAUGGGCUACUGGGACCUCACUAUCGAUUUCACCGCCCCGGCAAAGUCUGGCGCCGCCAAGAAGGCAGGCAAGGCGGCGCCGGGCGCCAACGCCGACAUGGUUGCUGCUUUCCGCGCCAACCAGUGUCUCCACCUGCGGCGCAGACCAACUCGCGACGGCGUCUUCGGGGCGACUCUGCAGGCUCUCGGACAUCAUAGUGACAGUAACGCGUUGAACACGGCGGCCAAAGGAGAUGGCACUAGCCUUACGGCUGUCACGGCCACCUCCAGAGAUCCGCUGGAGUGGGUAUUCAAUCUGCCCUCUCUACAGGGCAUCACGUAUGCGGAGCGCGCUGCGGUGCUGGAUCGAUGCGCACUAGGCGACGAGGGCGCCAGCGCGGUGGAUUCGCGGCUGGUGCUGGAGGAGGCGCUCGAGGUAGGCGGGCGCGACGAGCUGCUUGGCCUCAAGAUGUUGUUUGAGUGGGCGGAUCGAAGAAGGGUGGCCACUGAGGGCGGUAGCAGCUCAGCCGCAGAGGCGGAUGCUGCAAGCAUGAUGCCCCCGCCAGGAGGUCACAGCAGCCGUGGGAAGAGCAGGAAUAAAGCGGGCAGCAAAGGUGUUCAAAUCUUGGAGCCGGAGCGGGCAGACACUGGGGUGGGCGCUGCUGUUGACGCAGUACCUGACGUUCCCGCGAGCGAGAACGGCUGGUGGAUGAGGGAUAGCGUCAUCGAGAUGCUCAAGGGGAAGGCCUGGCUCGCAAGUCAAGGAAAGUAGAUGGAUUGAUGAGCAUUUCGGAUUCUACCACAUAUAUUUUUGGUGACAUUGGCGUCGCCCACGGCUUAUGAAACUGGUAAACAAAACAGCAGGUACGUGCUACUUAUACCCAAUGCCCCAGAGAAAUCUAGUUCUUUUGCCUUGGUAGAUUUACACUCAAACACACAACCUCGUGAAGCACA